AUGUCCGCCAUGAAAUCUAAUUGUAUCAUCAUCCCAUCAGUGUACCAUCCACCCUUCAGUGUAUCAUCAACCCUCCAGUGUAUCAUCAAACCUCCAGUGUAUCAUCGACCCUUCAGUGUAUCAUCGACCCUCCAGUGUAUCAUCAACCCUCCAGUGUAUCAUCGACCCUUCAGUGUAUCAUCAACCCUUCAGUGUAUCAUCAAUCCUCCAGUGUAUCAUCACCCUCCAGUGUACCAUCCACCCUUCAGUGUACCAUCAACCCUCCAGUGUAUCAUCAACCCUCCAGUGUAUCAUCAAUCCUCCAGUGUAUCAUCACCCCUCCAGUGUAUCAUCGACCCUUCAGUGUAUCAUCGACCUCCAGUGUAUCAUCAUCCCUCCAAUGUACCAUCCACCCUUCAGUGUAUCAUCACCCUCCAGUGUACCAUCCACCCUUCAGUGUACCAUCAACCCUCCAGUGUACCCUCCACCCUCCAGUGUAUCAUCGACCCUCCAGUGUAUCAUCGACCUCCAGUGUAUCAUCAUCCCUCCAGUGUACCAUCCACCCUUCAGUGUAUCAUCACCCUCCAGUGUAUCAUCAUCCCAUCAGUAUACCAUCCCCCCUUCAGUGUAUCAUCAUCCCAUCAGUGUACCAUCCACCCUUCAGUGUAUCAUCAACCCUCCAGUGUAUCAUCAAACCUCCAGUGUAUCAUCAACCCUCCAGUGUAUCAUCACCCUCCAGUGUAUCAUCCACCCUCCAGUGUAUCAUCAACCCUCCAGUGUAUCAUCGAACCUCCAGUGUAUCAUCGAUCCUGCAGUGUAUCAUCGACCCUCCAGUGUAUCAUCGACCCUCCAGUGUAUCAUCAACCCUCCAGUGUAUCAUCACCCUCCAGUGUAUCAUCAACCCUCCAGUGUAUCAUCAUCCCAUCAGUGUAUCAUCGACCCUCCAGUGUAUCAUCACCCUCCAGUGUAUCAUCACCCUCCAGUGUAUCAUCCACCCUCUGGUGUAUCAUCAACCCUCCAGUGUAUCAUCGACCCUCCAGUGUAUCAUCAUCCCAUCAGUGUACCAUCAACCCUUCAGUGUAUCAUCGACCCUCCAGUGUAUCAUCGUCACUCAAGUGUAUCAUCACCCUCCAGUGUAUCAACGUCACUCCAGUGUAUCAUCCACCCUCCAGUGUAUCAUCACCCUCCAGUGUAUCAUCAAACCUCCAGUGUAUCAUCACCCUCCAGUGUAUCAUCCACCCUUCAGUGUAUCAUCCACCCUCCAGUGUAUCAUCAAACCUCCAGUGUAUCAUCAACCUCCAGUGUAUCAUCAACCCUCCAGUAUAUCAACCAUCCAGUGUAUCAUCAUCCCAUCAGUGUAUAAUCGACCCUCCAGUGUAUCAUCACCCUCCAGUGUAUCAUCAACCCUCCAGUGUAUCAUCCACUCUCCAGUGUAUCAUCGACCCUCCAGUGUAUCAUCCACCCUCCAGUGUGUCAUCGACCCUCCAGUGUAUCAUCAAACCUCCAGUGUAUCAUCAACCCUCCAGUAUAUCAACCAUCCAGUGUAUCAUCAUCCCAUCAGUGUAUCAUCCACCCUUCAGUGUAUCAUCAACCCUCCAGUGUAUCAUCAACCCUCCAGUGUAUCAACCAUCCAGUGUAUCAUCGACCCUUCAGUGUAUCAUCAACCCUCCAGUGUAUCAUCAAACCUCCAGUGUAUCAUCAACCCUCCAGUGUAUCAUCAACCAUCCAGUGUAUCAUCGACCCUCCAGUGUAUCAUCCACCCUCCAGUGUAUCAUCGACCCUCCAGUGUAUCAUCGACCCUCCAGUGUAACAUCCACCCUCCAGUGUAUCAUCAUCCCAUCAGUGUUUCAUCGACCAUCCAGUGUAUCAUCACCCUUCAGUGUAUCAUCGACCAUCCAGUGUAUCAUCACCCUACAGUGUAUCAUCAACCCUCCAGUGUAUCAUCACCCUUCAGUGUAUCAUCCACCCUCCAGUGUAUCAUCAUCCCAUCAGUGUAUCAUCGACCCUUCAGUGUAUCAUCAAACCUCCAGUGUAUCAUCAACCCUCCAGUGUAGCAACGACCCUCCAGUGUAUCAUCGUCACUCAGGUGUAUCAUCACCCUCCAGUGUAUCAACGUCACUCCAGUGUAUCAUCGACCCUUCAGUGUAUCAUCAACCCUCCAGUGUAUCAUCGACCCUCCAGUGUAUCAUCGUCACUCCAGUGUAA